AUGGCCUCCAUCGCCACCGACCUGCCGUACGCGGCUGAGGCGGAGACGUCGCUGAGUUACGACGAGCUCGAGGUUCUCAGGAAUCAGUACUACAAGGAGAUUGAGAGCGGGCACGUCACGACGCAGUCCAAGUUCAACUAUGGUGAGCUCUCUCUGCAGGACCUGAUAGCUGACAGCAGGAUGGGGACUGGUCAAGUCGAGCGCGGCCGAGUUACAGACGGAGGGCGUCAAGCUGCUGCAGGGGAGUGCACCUACUACAUCGCGGUGGGAUACUACAAGCUGCGCAACUACACGUACGCACGAAAGUUCAACGACCUCCUCCUCGCCGUCGAGCCCGAGAACAUGCAGGCCCAGUCGCUGCGCCAGCUCAUCGACCGCGCCGUCGCCCGGGACGGCUACAUCGGCAUGGGCAUCCUCGCCGGUGCGACGGCGAUCACGGGCAUCGUCGCGGCCGCGCUCAUCAAGCGCGCCACGAGGAAAUAG